AGCGCCUACUCUCAUUGGACAGCCCGAGGCCUGAGGCUAUAAACGCACAGCGUUGCUGAUCGCGCACCUUCCGGUAAACUGCUAGUGUUCUACCUCGACCUCCGAUAUGCAAAUGAAGUCCUCCGUUCGCCUGGCAGCUGCGCAACCACGUCUGAACAAGCGCCAGUGUAUCCAGCCCUACCAAAGUAGCCCCAAGCCGGUCAUUUCUUCUCACGCUGUAAAUAGGGAUGCCCAUGUCCCCGACUUGCACCAUGACCGCAUUCCUGCUUCCGCUCCAGCCAGCAGCCGAAGAGGCGUCCUCGGCCUUCUGUCCGGAACAACCCUGGCUCUUGUUACCGCUGGCACUACCGACUUACUAACACCAGCGCCCGCAUUGGCAGCCCUGAAGGAUUACAAUCUAGACCCGAGCGCGCCCAUCGAGGAGGUCAGCAUGCAGUUGGGCACGGAGGACGGCCAAUACGUGUUCACACCCAGCACCUUGGAGUUCACCAUGGGCCGCAUCUACAAACUGAAGCUGACUAAUCCCUCCUCCAUAACACACUACUUCACGCCUCUGGAGUUUGCUGAGAAGGUGUUCACCAUCCAGGUUCUGGCAGGCGACCCCGCGGUGGAGGUGAAGGGCGCCGUGGCCGAGGUGGCGCUGAAGGCGGGUGCAGCCGCCACCUGGGUCUUCAUCCCCAUGAAGCCGGGGCGCUACCCGCUGCGGUGCACCGUGAAGGGACAUGACGACAUGCUGGGCCAGC